AUGGCGAGGCCCCCGCGCAGUGGCGGCAGCAGCAGGCGCAGCAAGUCCUACUGGAUGUGCAGCUGCGGCGAGUGGAACAGGGACUGGCGCACCUCUUGCCUGGGCUGCGGGCAUGCGGCCCCGCCAUGGGCGACGGGGACGCCCCCGCCCAAGGCGAGGCCCAAGGCAGACAAGGACGGCGGGGUGGAUCAGCCACGAGGGCGCCGUGCCCAGAGGCAGGCCCGCGGAGCGGCCUCGCGGGCAGCAUCCACCAAGUCGCAGACCUCGGCCUCGGCAGCAAGUGGGACGCCCAGCGGUGGAGGCGCCACGGCGAUCGAGAUGCCCCAGGCGGCCGUCGAGCAGCUCGAGGCGCUGCAGGCCGAGCCCCCAGACGGAGUGGACGGCUGCUUCACCGACGUCGUGGCCAGCCAGCUGGAGGCGAAGCGUGCUGAGCUGGUCAAGGCCCAAAAGGCAGCAGCUGAGCAGAAGGCCUCGUCCUUGCCACGGGCGACGCGGCUCCACAGGGAGGCGAACGCCAUCAGCAAGGGCGAGAAGCGGCUCCGGGCAGCCCGCCUGGAGCUCGAGCAGAAGCAGGAGGCGCGCGACCUCGUCGAGGCCCAGCUCCACCAGGCACAGGAGAAGCUCGCGGAGCUCGACGAGGAGGUGGAGGAGGCGAGCCUGGCGCUCCAGGCGCUCGAAGAAGCAGCCCGUGAGGAAGCCGAGGCGCUGCGCCGCCAGCGCGCAGCCGAGUGGACAGGAGCCAGCCAGGUACCAGGGCUCCUCAUGCAGCUGGAGAAGUUGCCAGAGGCGUGGAGCACCAGCAACUUCGAGGUGGCCCGGGCUGCCAUUCGCGCCCAGAUGGAGGCAGUGCGGGCGCAGCUCGAGGGGGCACCAGUGGCCUCCAAGCGCACGCCGUGGGCUGAGUCUUGCCCCAUGGAGGAGAUCAGCAGCAACGAUGGCGGUCUUGCGGACUGCGGCGGCUUCUGGCUGCCCCAGCCAGCAGCGGAACGAGGCCAAGCCGAGCGGUGCGGCAAGGCGCUGGGCGAGUGGCCAACGGUGGUCCAGGCGUGCAAGCGGGAGCUGGCGGCAGAGGCGGCGGACCUGGCUCCCCUGGCUGCUCAUCUUGCGGGCAAGGUCGUCGAGAGCGACUGGGCGGGGCUCCGCGGCAUGGGCGCCCUCGUCCCGCCCUGGGACCAGGAACGCGCUGCAGGCGUGAGCCAUACCUCGGCCGUCCGCGAUGUGGCGCGGGCCCAGUGGAUCGGCGACCGGCACCUCGAGUCGGAGAGGUGCAUGGUCAUGGACCUCGGCGGCACGUCCAAUCCUAUGCUCCUCGAGCCGCGGCCGAGGCCAGGAGUCGAGGAGAACGUGACGGAGCGGCGAGCACGAGAAGGAGGCGACGGCGAAUUCGACAGCGAGCAGUACGUCAAUGGCUGGGCCGCGAGCAGCGGAGGGCUCCUUCCCGCUGACGGGAACAACCUUGUGACUUCAGCGGCGGCAUCGGAGGCCCUGCAGGCUGGGGAGGUCCACGGCGGCGGCGCUCCAGCUGCGCGGGCCCGCCUGGAGGACAGCCGCUCGACGGGGAGCAGCGCGGCAGCCCUCUCGGCCACCGAUGUCGCGUUCAGCGUCCUGGGGCACGUGCUCAGCUACGCCUGCGUGGGCGAAGGAGAGGAUGCCCAGGAGAUCGUGGCGUGCACCAAGCGUGGCGCCUACAAGUUGCUGGGCGGCCACGCAGGAGGCAGGUCUCGCUUGAAGACGCAGCGCCCAGGGCCCAGCAACCUGACCAACAAGUCGAGGAACCAGCGCAGCCUGUGGGAGCGAGGGCCCCACCCUGGUGGCAGGCCUCGGGAGGACAAGCAGAGGGCGAGAGCAGAGGGCAUCUCUGCCUUGCGCUCGCAAGGACCAGUGCCAGGGCACGCCCAGGAACGGUGCCUGGAGUGGCUCGGCAUGGAGGCGGAGCCGACUGGCGGAGCCUCCACCGCGGCCAGCAGCUCGGGCAGCGGCCCAGCGGCUCCAGCGGCAGGGCGGCAUGUAGUUGAGUCGGCGGCGGCCAGCCUGCCCCAGCAGCGGCCGGGCCCGAGCACUGGCCCCCUCGGCGCCGGAGGCGCCGCCGCGGGGAAGCUCGCAGCCGCGGGGCCAGCGCCUAGCGACGGCCUGGCGCAGCUGGAGUGCGGAUCGCGCGGCGACGCCGCGGAGGCGGAGGCCCUCCGCCGCGAAGCCAUCGCGCGGCCCGCCUUGGUUGCGCGCGUCCGCGGACGCCGCGAAACCAGGGCGCAGCGGCAGCGGCGGAACGUCGCGCGGCAUGCCGAGCGCUGCCCGUCGGCAGACGCCCCGCCGCAGGAAUGGCGCAGGGCUCAACGCGGGCCGCGCCUCCCAGGAGGGCCCCUUCCUGGCGAUGGGCGCGGCGGCGCGGCGCAGAGUGCCAUCGCGUGUGAGGUGGAGACCUGCGUCUGCGAAGCGCAGCCGCCGAUCGAGUGCGCAUUGGAUGCUCGCGUGGCCGAGGCGCCAGCGCGGCUGCCCAGCGCCCGAGCGGCGGCCGCGAGGACCCCGCUGCGGUCUGGCGCCCAGCCGUACCUCCCCGAGUGGGCGCGCUGGGCCGCGCUGCUGGAGGAGCUCGGCGCGGCGCAGCUGGCCGAGCAGGGCUGCGGCGAGGGCGGCGCCGAGAGCACCGAGGCGGAGGAGAUCGUCGCGGAGUUCGGCUGCGAGGCCGAGGAGGAUCGCGCGGCUGCGGCGCGUCGCUCGGCGCGGCGGCCGUGGCGGAGCGGGGGCAGCCUAGAGGGGGACUCGGAGUUCGAGGGGGAUUCUGAGUUCGAGGAUCUCGGGCCCGAGCACGGGCAGUUCCUGCGCGACGAGCUCUCGGACGGCAGCGAGCUGGCCGCGGAGUACGAGCUGGCGCGCGCUGCCUGGCUGGAGCGCUCGGGCUCCAGGCGCGGUGGUGGGAGCGGGCCCGAGGAGGAGCACGGCGCGCUAGCGCUCGCGGCCGACGGCUCCGAGGUAGGCCCCGAGGAGCUGCACGUGUCCGAGGGGAGCAACGUGGUGCCCGUGCCGCGCGGGCUGCACGGCGACAGGCGUGCCAGCGAGCCGAGCGGGGCCGAUCCUGUCGGGCCGGGGCAGGAGUGUGAGAGGAGCAAGCGGGUAUCCUUCGCUCCGUGGCCCGACGUCGUCGACUUGGAGGUGGGGGCCCUGGGAGGCACGCUCGGUGUGUUUGGGAUCCUUCUGCAUGGCCCUGCCCCUCCGUGGUUGGACCCCGCGUGGACGUGCCACGCGAAGGCCGUCGACCUGAUGCGCCUCUGCGAGUGCGAGAGGUUCGGCAUCUCCGUGAGGCCUCGUCGGCGACCCGCCUGGGGCGCGCGGUUCGCCGAAGGGCCCUGGUUGGUGCAGGCCCAUCUGCCAGGCAUGUCCGUGGGGAGGGCCCUCGAGCUCGAGCUGCUCAUUCGGGCGUGCAAACCGAGCGGCGUCGCGACGCUUGACGGAGGCUCGAUGCACCGCGCGAAGGCGACGCCGCGGCCGCCGUCCGUGGCCGCCGUGGAGGCGCCCGUGGGAGGCGCGGCCAUCGAGCGCGCCGUCGGCGCGGAGCCGCCCCUGGUCGCGGACAGCGUCGACUGCGCCGCGGGCGACGGCCACUCGAGCUCGGAGGGCGCGUUCGUUUCGUUCCUGGACGGCUUCUCGGCGGCGGCGGUGGCGCGUGCGGCCAAGGGGCCGAAGUCGGGAGUUGUGUCGCUCCUGGACUUGGCCGAGGACCGCGCCCUCGGCGUCCGCUUCGGAAGCGCAGGUUGUCCAGAUGCCGAG